AUGGGAUAACAAUAAACUUAGGAAUAAAGACCUUUACAUGUGCUCAUUAAGGAUGUAGCUACAUUUAAUCUGUUAGCUAAGUAUUCAAAUUUUGUAAUUCAAGAUCUCCAACAAUUAAAUAAUGCUUGGGUAAAUAAUUACUAGCAGAAGUGACAAAAAGGAAAUAAGAUUUAUUUGAUACUAUUCCAUUUUUUAAAAAGUAAGAUGAAUUAUGUAUUGGAAUAUUUGUUGAUAAGGAAUAUAUUUUAAUUACUUAGCAGAAAUUUUACUAUUGUAGACAAUUAUUAGAGGAUUUGUAAUCAAUAUUAAUGUUUGAUUUUUAAAAAGAAGAAGGUACUUGUCAAAUAUGUUUUGCAAAAAAGAUUGAUAAAUUAUUACCUUGUGGACAUAGUUAUUGUUAAGAUUGUAUAGAUGGAUGGUUUAUAGUUAAAGAACAAGAUUCUUGUCCAAUGUGUAGAUCUCAAUUAACCAAAUAAAAAAUGAAAAAUGAAUCCUAUAUUAUACCAAAUGAAACUGAGUUGAUAGAUUCCUUUAAAGAAUAGCUCUUUAUGCAAUUCAUCUAAUAGAAAUGA